AUGAAAUAUAUUUGCCUCCAAGUAGAAAAUUUAGUUUCUCCAAGGAGUGGGGGAGGAAAAAAAAAAUCCCCAGACACUGUAGGAGUGUAAAUCUGCCUGGGAAAGCUUGGAGCAAGCCUCCACAGCUACUCUUUUAGGUUCUUCAAUUUCCAGUUCUUCAGAAGUGAAAACUUAGUAACAUAAACCUUGGCCUUAAACUGCAAGUUCAGUGCAGUAACAACGUGGUAUUUGGAAAUUCACCUUUGCAUUGAACUAAAUUUUGUUCGAAGUUUACUUCUCUGCAGCUGUUCAACACUAACUGCAAAAAUUACCUCUCUCUGCAUUUGUAACUCAAACCCACUUUAGUAGUAGGUUGAAAGAUUGGAGUUUUGUUUUCCCCCUCGAGCUCUGCUAUUACUGCUUAAUUUGUAGCACUAGGUGGAAGUCAAUAAAAAUCCACAGUAUGGAGCUUGCCUGGGGGGCGUUUCCUCCAAGUAUUAUUCUAUGUUUUUGCAACUUUCCAAGUUCAGGUUGGUUUUCUGAUGGUUAGUUGUGUGUGCUACACAUUCUUCAUCUACCAUAAAUACAAGAUUUGAGAUCUCCUGGAAGGUCCCUCAGCCAGGGCUCUCAGGAGUCCAAGCCCAUCUUUCAGAACAGAAUGACAAUUUGAGUCAUCUUUUGGCAGCCUUAUCAAAAGUCUUGCACUGAAGACUAGAAGGGAUAUUGGUGUAUUCCCUGCUAAAGUAAUAUAUCAGGUCACUUGACUGCAGCAGACAGCAUGCCACAUAGUAGUAUAUUUGGAAUACCUUUACCUUGCUGAAUUCAGAUAUGCAAAGGCUGUGGGCUGAUCGUGUUACUGAGGGCCCUGCUAUAUUCUGUAUUCCAGAGCAUGGUUCAUUCAAUACCAAAUUCCUGAGUUAGUGGAAAGUAAUCCUCCUUGCAAGCUUGCAGUGCAAGCUGCUCAAACAGUGAAAUCUGUCUUUUUGUUGCUCAGAAUGUGGUAAAUUUGACAGUUAAAUAAUUCAGCUGAAUUCUAGAAUAUAUUUUCAGGGAUGGCAUCAUCCAGACUCGCACAAUUUUUAUUAUGGUGGUACAGGGCCAGCUGUCUUUUUCUCUCCCAUCCUGCCAAGUUUUACAUGCUUAACUGAAGGUGAUCACUCAUUUCAUUGAAUCCAGUAAAACUGCUAAAAUUCUAUGCUCAGACUAAAGGUAACCAUGUGUGGGCUUUUUAGUUGAUGGGCUUUUGUUGUUUUUGUGUUAUUUUUUUUAAGGGGCGCAGCUUCUAUUGCAUGAAACAUUUAACUGUAAAAACAUGGGCUCCCAUGAUGGUUUCAGCAGAUGUAUCAUUGCAAAAUAGAUGUAUCAGCUUUGGAAAAAAGCAUCUUGCUUUACAAUAAAGCAAAUAAUUUGUUUCUAAAUGUUCUAUGAAAUCCAGUGUGACACAUGAUAUUUUUAUAUCCUUUAGAAGGUAUUGUAGGUGUUUAUUUUGUUAGAGCAAAUCCUAAUGUUUGUAUUAUUAGCAGGCAUAGUCACCACUGUACAUGGAAAAACUAAUCACCUUUUAAGGAAAAAAAAAAUACAUUGCAUAACUCGUGUAUGUAUAUGUGUUGAGAAUUAACUUUUUAUUGUUCUGUAGUGUUUAAAAGGCUACCUGGUAGUCACCUUAGACUGUGCAUUUUUAAUACAACUGAACAAUGGGAAAGCUGCAUAGAUAAGCCAAAGUUUUACUUCUGUCUUGGCAUCUAAGUUCUUCUCUUUUUUGGCUGGUGCUCAUGUUUCACAGAGCGGGGAGGGGGAUGGUGGGACACACAGGGAGACAUUAAGCUGUGAAGUCACCCUGCAAAACCUGCAACUGAGCUGACCUCAGAACUGGCAAACUCUUUAUCCCUGGUUUGUUGAUGUAAUGUAUAAAAUUGCUUUUUUGCUUUUAACUGCCUUUACUUUCUGAGCUAGGGGCUGUCUUCAUUAACAGCAAAAGUGUUACUUUGUUGUAGAUGACAGAUAAGCCUCAUCACGGGAGAGUUACCUAGUUCGUCUGCAAGUUCAAAAUGUAGAGAAACCUCUCUACCGUGGGACUUUCCAUUGCUUUCAGUCCAUCAUAAAGCAAGAAUCUGCUUUUGGACUCUAUAAAGGUAUUGGGUCACCAAUGAUGGGACUUACGUUCAUUAACGCGCUGGUGUUCGGUGUGCAAGGAAACACCCUUCGUGCUCUGGGCAAAGACACUCCUCUGAACCAGUUCCUUGCAGGGUCAGCAGCUGGGGCCAUCCAGUGUGUCAUCUGCUGUCCCAUGGAGCUGGCAAAGACAAGGAUGCAGCUUCAAGGAACUGGAGAAUAUAAACUAAAAACAAAGAACUACAAAAAUUCUCUGGACUGUUUGAUCAAAAUCUAUCAAAAGGAAGGGCUGAGGGGUAUCAACAGGGGCAUGGUCUCUACCUUCAUAAGAGAAACUCCAAGCUUUGGCUUUUACUUCCUGACCUAUGACUGCAUGACUCGGUAUUUAGGCUGCGAAGCUGAAGACAGUUACGUUAUUCCCAAGCUGCUGUUUUCCGGAGGGAUGUCGGGAAUCGUGUCGUGGCUCUCAACCUAUCCCAUGGAUGUGAUCAAAUCCCGGCUGCAGGCCGAUGGAGUCGGAGGUGUCACUCAAUACAAUGGCAUCCUAGACUGUGUCAGGAAGAGUUACCAUGAGGAAGGCUGGAGGGUGUUCACGAGAGGUCUCACUUCCACACUUCUCCGUGCUUUUCCCGUCAAUGCAGCUACCUUUGCCACUGUCACUGUGUUCCUAAUGUACAUGAAGUCAGAUGACAACCUUCCUGAAUGUGAACCAGGUCCAGUAAUCCAUCAGCCUUCCAGUUUGUGAAACACCUAUCUUUGUUCUCCUCAUCCAAAGCCCUGCUGGUUGGGUUUUGUGAAACACGAACACUUGACCCACACAAGUAGUGUAGAUUUAUGCUAUCUGUAUAAAGAAUUCCUAAAUGUAUCAAAUUAGGAUUUCAUCUCACUACUUGUAUAAACAGCAUCUUGCCUUAUUCAGGACUCCAUAUCUAGUAGUAUUCAAGUGAGAGGGGGACCUGCUUUUAGAAGGUUGCUGUUGUGGUUCCAGAAGAGGUUCUGGAGAGUGUUCUAGCACCAGAAAUCGAGUUUUCUUUCACUCAGGUUUUGAAUGACUAAGUUGAGUUGAACGCAGAAAUGUUUUCAUGAAAGAAAUACUCAUUUUGUAUGUGACAGGAGUAAGUGUGCUCCUCGAAGGUGAAGAAGGGGGGAAGAAGUUUAAUGGUGGAGGUGUUUUGCAGGUAACCCUGAACUGUAAAGACAAGGACUAGCAUUCAGCUAGUCCUGUGUUUUACUUUUCUAUGUCAAUGGUUUUAGUAGCAACUUUUGUUCACACUGAUUUGUAAAAAAAAAAAGGAAAAAAAAACAUUUGUACCUAAUUUACUCCCUGACCUUUCAGCUUUGAAUAAGUAUCUUAAGCACAAAGUUAGCAUCUACACUCAAAUGCACUUGUUCCUUUAAAUCUCAAGGCUUGUAAGGAUUAUGGGAAACUCAAAUCUAGUAGGACUGGUGUUGUUUGCCCUCACCUCUGUUUCUCCUUUGGUGGGUGCACAGACUGUAUUGAGUAGUUCAGUCCAGUGGACUUUGUUCUCUGAAGUUAACGCAACUUUGCACCACUUCUCCCAACAUGCCUCAUAGCAGCCAGUGAUGUACAGAAGUCAAAGUCCUGCCUGUGGUAUUGCACAAAAUGUUUGUGGUUGCAAUGUUAGCGUAGCAGCUUGAAGUAUCUUAGAAAUACAUACAUAUUUAGGACUGGAGGUUUCAUACCUUUCCAGAAAAUAGGGGUGUAAGUGUCUGAAAUGGUUGCUGUUCAAUACACUUGCAUUAUGAAUUUAAACAAUACUGAUUUUUAUGAUUUUUAGUUACAGUGCUACUGGAAAGAAGACUAAAAAGGGUUUUAAAGAAUUUUCUUGUUACAUUAAUCUGCUGUAAAUUUUUUUACCAGUCUGUUAAAGGAGAAUUGAAUUAGCCAAAGAGCUACAAACAGUUAUUUAAGAUUUGAGCUAAAAGCUACCCAUAUUUGGCACAAAUAGCCAGGAGGAAGGACAGUAUGUGUGUGAGCAAUGUUUUAAAACAUAUCAAACUAGUUCAGUAAGUACAACUUGUUACAAUUUUGGUUGGGACAAGUGCAAUAUGUGUUUAAUUUAUAUGAAUUUUCUAAAGAAGCGUUAUUUCAUAGCAUUUUGCACUGUAACAAAAUAUGCUGGAGAAAUCUGUAAAAUUGGUAUGUCUUUUUAUACCUUGAAGGUAUGGUGGAUGUUUUAGUGCCUACUUGCACUGAGAUUCAAAUUGAAUGUUAAAUUUGUCUACUAAGCUGCAUCUGCACAACAAAUCACAGCAAAAACCAUUUACACCUUUGUACAGGAGUAUGUUAAUUCUUGUAUAUAUAGUGAGGGAAUAAAUUUUUUAAAAACUUUG